CAGUUCAGCGAUCAACUCCUUCUUCUUUCUUUCUUUCUUCCUUCUUCUUCUUCUUCUUCUUCUUCUUCUUGUCUUAUUUUUGGUGCGCUGUUUUUCGAGCAGAGGCAGAGCAGAGCAGAGCAGGGGCUCUUUCUUUCUUUCUUCCCUUCCUCUUUCUUCCCUUCUUCUCUUAUUUUUUUUUGGGUUUCUUUUUCGACAGCAGAGGCAGUAGCAGUAGUCUCUUUUUAGGCUCUGUUUUUUUUUUGCUAUGUUUUUUCAAUUAUAAACUUAUAGUCUUACAGAAUAGAAUUAAUUGCAUACUGACGUGAUAAUUUUUUUUCUAUAAAACAGCAUUGAAAUGGCGUCAUCCGAUAGUAAUAAACGAAAUGAUAUAGCUUGGAAUUAUGCUAUAAAAGGCUCAUCAAGAUCCGCAAUUAAAUGUGUAUUUUGUGAAAAAACAUAUCAUGGUGGAAUAACUCGUCACAAGCAACAUUUGAUAGGUGGAUUUAAAAAUGUAGUACAAUGUCCUCUUUGUCCGCCCGAGGUUAGGGAGGAAGUAAAAGCAUUUGUUGAUAAGAAAAAUGUGACAAAAACUCAAAUGAAUUUUGAAGCAUCGGUGAAUCUAAUUGAUGAAGAUGAUGAAAUGGAUGAAGAUGAUCAAAUGGGACCUCCCCUCCAAAAAACUCAAAAGAUAUCUUCUAAUAGUUCUAGUGGGUCAUCCACGGCACGUACUGUGACAAAAGGUCCUCUCAAUCUUUAUUUCUCGGCAAAACAACAAGAAAAGGGAAAAGAUGAUUCUAGUUCAGGUUUAGAAGCCAAGAAGAUUUUGAGGGAUCGCGCCGUAAGUGCCUUUGCAGCAUGGAUGUACGAUGCAGGGCUUCCUUUCAACUGUGUUAACUACAAAACUUUUGAUAAAUUCAUUGAAGCUGUAGGACAAUAUGGCCCAGGAAUGAAGCCUCCUAGCUAUCAUGAAGUUAGAGUAACUCAUCUUAAAAAAGAGGUGAAGAAGAUAGACAAAAUUAUUGAGGAGCAUAAAGUGGAAUGGAACAAGUUUGGAUGUUCCAUUAUGAUGGAUAAAUGGACAACGCGGAAUGGGAAAAUGAUCAUAAAUGUGUUGGUGAACUCUCCAAAAGGGAGUGUUUUUCUUGAAUCUUACGAUGCUAGCAACUCUUCUACGGAUGGAAGCAAAAUGUACAACUUGUUUACAAAGACUAUUGAUAAAAUUGGAAAGGAAAAUGUUGUACAGGUUGUUACCGAUAAUGCUAGUGAGAAUGUUAGUGCGGGUAGGAUGAUGGAAGCUAUGUAUCCACACAUUUAUUGGACUCCAUGUGCUGCCCAUUGUAUCAACUUGAUGUUUGGUGACAUAUUCAAGGAAAACCCAUAUGCUUCAGUUUUCACUAAGGCCGUCAAGAUAUAUUCUUACAUCAGUCAGAGGCCGUUGUUGUUGAAUUUGAUGAGGAAAUUCACAAAUGAAAGAAAUUUGGUGAGACCGGCCAAGACUAGAUUUGCAACGGCUUUCUUAACUUUGCAUAGUUUUUACUUGCAAAAGAAAAACUUGAGAAAGCUAGUUCUUUCAAAUGAAUGGAAAGAUAAUAGAUAUGCAAAGGAAGCUGCGGGGAAAGAAGUUGCCAAAGUUCUUAUUUCUCCAUCAUUCUGGAAUGACGUUGUUCGGGCUCUUAAAGUUGGUGGUCCUUUGAUUAGGGUGCUUCGUAUGGUGGAUGGGGAGAGAAAACCACCAAUGGGCUAUCUUUAUGAAGCUAUGGAUAGAGCCAAAGAGACUAUUGAAGCGUCAUUUGAGGGAGAUGUUAGGAAAUAUGAGAAAGUUUUUGAGAUUAUUGAUAGCAGGUGGUCGAAUCAAUUCCAUCGACCUUUGCAUGCAGCAGGCCAUCUUCUGAACCCAGGAUUAUUUUACAAGAACACUAGAAAUGACACUUUGGAUUCAGAGGUUUGGGUUGGAUACCAUCAAUGUCUUGAGAAGUUGGUCCCUGAUUCAGCGAUGGUAGAUCAAAUAGGGGAGGAGUUUGGUAGGUACUCACAAGCAGAUGGCCUUUUUGGUUUACAGGCGGCCAUUAGAGCCAGAGAAAUAAGGUCGCCAGUUGAAUGGUGGAUGCAAUUUGGACAUCAAACUCCAAACUUGCAAAAGUUUGCCAUCAAAAUACUAAGCCUAACUUGUAGUGCAUCCGGAUGCGAGAGAAAUUGGAGCGUAUUUGAGCAUGUAAGAAACAGACUUAUUAUAUUAAAAUAUUCUAUAUUGUAUUAUUAUUAGUAUCUAUUAAUUAAUCUAAACAAUUUAUGCGCAGAUUCACUCCAAGAAAAGGAAUAGGCUUGAGUUAUCGCGUCUCAAUGAUCUAGUGUAUAUUAAAUACAAUAGAACAUUGAGGCGACGUUAUGAAGCUCGCGAUACCAUUGAUCCAAUUUUGUUGGAUAACAUUGACGAGGCAAAUGAAUGGUUAACUGGAGCCCCACAAAAUCAUGAAGAAGAACAAGUAUAUGUAGGAGAUGAUCUUGAUUGGGGUACUGUUUCUAUGGCGGCUGGUGUUGAGGAGAAUAUCUAUGGUCUUAGAGGGAGUUCUUCAAGUUCAAAUUACAAGGGAAAAGGAGUAGCAAGUUCAAGCCGGUCCCUAAAUGAUGAAGACUCCGAGGAUGAAGAAGAUGAUAGCCAAUAUAAUGCUAACAUUCAUGAAGUUCUAGAAUUUGAAAAUCUUGAAGAAGAAUAGAUGUUGCGUGUUUUACA